ACGGCGGACGACCAGUUUCUUCGCAACAGGCUGUGAGCACACAGCAUCUUUCCUUUUCAAAAUGUCGGUGUUCGGGCCAAUGGUGAAAAUCCACCCUGUGGUUCUAGCCUCCAUCGUUGACGCUUAUGAGCGAAGGAAUGAGGGUGCGAGUCGAGUUAUCGGGACAUUAUUAGGCACCAUUGACAAACAGACCGUGGAAUGUACCAACUGCUUCUCUGUCCCACACAACGAGUCCGAAGAUGAGGUGGCUGUGGACAUGGAAUUCGCUAAGAACAUGUAUGAACUUCACAAGAAGGUUUCCCCAAGUGAAGUCAUCAUUGGCUGGUAUGCGACCGGAUUUGACAUCACAGAGCACUCUGUCCUGAUCCACGAGUACUACAGCCGAGAGGCCACCAACCCCAUCCACCUCACCGUGGACACCGCCCUGCAGAGCGGCAAGAUGAACAUCCGUGCCUACGUCAGUGCUCAGAUGGGCGUGCCGGGGAAGACAGUGGGAGUGAUGUUCACCCCACUCACCGUGAAGUACAUCACUUACGACACAGAGCGCAUUGGAGUUGAACUUCUCCAGAGGACGCGGGCUUCUCCGAGUCGGACCAAUGGGUUGACCUCUGACCUUGCUCAGGUGGGCGGGGCGGCGGGCAGCACCCAGGAGAUGCUGACCACUGUACUGGCGUACAUAGAAGACGUGCUGGCUGGUAAGGUGUCUGCAGACAACAGUGUUGGUCGUUUUCUCAUGGAUCUGGUCAACAAGGUGCCCAAGAUCCCAGCCGAGGACUUCGAGACCAUGCUGAACUCUAACAUCAACGAUCUGCUGAUGGUGACCUACCUGUCCAACCUGACUCAGGCUCAGAUCGCGCUCAACGAGAAGCUGGUGGUCAUGUGAUCUCUGGUCAUCUGGUCAUGUGACCUGUGAGAGUUGAGAGGUCUCUAGCAGACUUGUGCUCUGGGGCUGAGAGGAUGCCUCAUAUUUAAACCAGCUUAACUUUCUUUUUCUGAUUUGCUGUUUUUUUUUUUUUUUUUUUUCUUAAUAAAUGACAACAUUGGAGAGUGAA